UGUCAAUCAUGUCCAUUAUGAACGUCUUGUUAAUGCAGCAAAGCAGCUGAAGGGACGAGAAUAGCUUGAGAAGACACCGCAGGUUGGCUGCGCUGGCAGCCAGGAGAGGAGAGGGCAAGAUGCCUUCUCCAUCUUUCACCCUCGAUGCUCAGCUGAGAUUUCAUGACAAAUGGCUGAAGAUAGACCUGCAGCGGGCGUUCUCUCCAGAGGGUCUGAGUGAGAUGUGGAAUGAAAUGGUGAAAGACGAGGAGAUAACGUUCAGCGGAGAAGAGUCCGCUCACACAGAGGAUUGCACCGACUGCUUUGGAACUCAGAAAAAAGAUGAACCCAACGACAAAGAGAAGAAAGAGGAGGAGGAGACGUCCACCUCCGUGCAUCACUCCAUCAUCGAGACCUGGGACUGGGGCCGGCAGCCAAAUGAGACAGAGCUGUAAGGACUGUCUGCUGUUGGCUGGUGGACGAUCAGCAGAAGCUCUGGGCUCAGAUGGCAGAGCCACUCUGUCUGCUCAGCGGCCUCCGGCAGCGACUCGUCAUCCGUGGACGAUACCGCAUCUCUCUGAGGCCACAGCAUGAUGGAGGAGAAGUACAAGGUCCGCUGGAAGGGCCGCCCAGCCCCCCCCUGGCCCGCCGCCGAACAUUAAAGCACUCGUCCUGCCAGUAAAGGAGUUGAAGGUUUGGCCAGAGUUGGCUCCAGAGCCGCUCUCUCCUUCGCCUUCGCUUUCCUGCGCCGCGCCUGGAGGUCAGGGGACGACGCAGACCUCUGCAGUGAGCUGCUGCAGGAGUCUCUGGAUGCCCUGCGAGCGCUGCCUGAAGCCACGCUGUUCGACGAGGGGACCGUAUCAUCCGUGUGGCUGGAAGUCGUCGAGAGGGCCACCAAAUUCCUCAGUGACGUACAUGGGAGUGCCAGCACCAAAGGCAACAUUCCUCUGCAGGAUCAGCACCUGGCGCUGGCCAUCCUGCUGGAGCUGGCUGUGCAGAGGGGCACCCUGAGUCAGCUGCUUUCUGCUGUUCUGCUGCUGCUGCGCCUGUGGGAAAGCGGCACCAGAGAGAUGGAUAACGAGCGCUCCACCCAGGGAACCAGCGCCCCCCUGCUGCCCCUCCUGCAGCGCCUUCACAACAUCCACAGCAGCAAGGAGGAGCCCGUCGCUGAAGAGGAAGCUGAGAUCCUCACAGUGCAGAUGAGUCCUAACGAGAGCUUCCUGCGCUACCUGACGCUGCCUCAGGACAACGACCUGGCCAUCGACCUGCGGCAGACGGCCGUGGUGAUCAUGGCUCACCUGGACCGCCUGGCUUCUCCCUGCUGCCCCCCCCACUGCAACUCCCCCACAUCACACAAGGGAACUCUGCAGGAGGUGAUCGCCUGGGGCCUUCUGGGCUGGAAGCUUUACGCUAACGUUAACGGGCCGAUCCAGUGCAAAGCCCUGUCCAGCGUCGGGGUGGCUCAGAUCGUGUGCUCGGAGAAGGGCUUCCUCAUCCUGUCCAGCAGCGGUGCCGUUUACACCCAAAACUACAAGAGCACAACCCUGGCUCCGAUGCUGAUCCACGGUCUGAGCUCCAGGAAGAUUGUGAAGCUGGCGGCUCAUCCUGACGGGCAGCACUACCUCGCCCUGUCCUCCAACGGGGAGGUGUUCUCCUGGGGCUGCGGGGACGGAGGCCGUCUGGGACACGGAGACACAACGUAUCUAGAGGAGCCGACCAUGAUUGCAGCCUUCAAUGGGAAGCAGGCAGGGAAGCAUGUGGUGCACAUAGCGUGUGGCAGCACUUACAGCGCGGUGAUCACUGCUGAUGGAGAGCUGUACACCUGGGGCAGAGGGAACUACGGCCGGCUGGGCCACGGCUCCAGUGAGGACCAGAACACCCCGAUGCUGGUGACGGCGCUGAAGGGGCUGAAGGUGAUGGACGUGGCCUGUGGGAGCGGGGAUGCACAAACACUCGCUGUGACAGAAAACGGUCAGGUCUGGUCCUGGGGGGACGGGGACUACGGUAAACUGGGCCGGGGGGGCAGUGACGGCUGUAAGACCCCCAAGCUGGUGGAGAAGCUGCAGGACCUGGACAUCGUGAAGGUGUGCUGCGGCAGCCAGUUCUCCGUGGCCCUCACCAAAGACGGACAGGUGUACACCUGGGGGAAGGGGGACAACCAGCGGCUCGGACACGGCACCGACGAGCACGUUCGAUACCCCAAGUUCCUCGACAGCCUGCAGGGUAAGAAGGUGGUGGAUAAGGACCUGGUGUCUGCCCUGCAGCAGAGGGUGGGGCUGCUAGCGCGGGAGAGCUCUCGGGACGAGGAGCUGCUGAGGCAGGUUGGCUCGGAACUGAUGUGCCUGCAGAGCUCCGAGGGUAAGCUGGAGGGCCUGGUGGAGGAGCUGCAUGCUGAGGCCCAACACAGAGUUGCAGAAGCAGUGAGCUUCCAGGCGGAGCUCCACGCAGAGGCCCAGCGCAGAGCCGAGCAGACAGAGAGCCCGCAGGCAGAGCUGCGCAGGUAG